AUGUUAGUGAUAAAACUUAUAAAUUGUGCUCUUACUUUUUUAAAUUCUGAUAAUAACAAAUAUUCAGCUUAUAAUGAUGAUAUUAUGUCUAAUUCUUCAAAUGACAAUACUUACAAUUCCGAUGUAAAAGAUUUUUGUAAUUGUUGGAAUAAUAGAGAAAUUGAAAUAAGUGAGAGUUCUUUAAGCAAUUCAUUAGAGGAUUCAGAUCCCUCAGAAGAUUCUAAAAUAACAGAACAUUGUAUUGUAUUUUUAAUUAUAUGCAUUAUGAUAGGAUUUUUUUAUAUUUUUAAAUGUAGAUUUUAUUAUUAA